GCUGGUGAUAUAAUAGACAUAGUUUCUAUGAACGCAAGCGGACUUUGGCGAGGCAUCUGCCACGGCAAAAAGGGUACUUUCAAGUUCAAACACGUCGAACUCCUGUCCGAGAGAUCGGUCAAACCCAAACGCGAGCCCAAAUCAUGGCACAGGACUGUCAAGGGCAAACCUGUAUCCGUGGAGGACCUGCUUCAUAAAAUCGGUCUGCCGGAUUACAUAUCCGUGUUCGUGCUGAACGGAUACGAAGAUUUGGAACUGUUCAAGGAAAUUGAACCUUCGGAUAUGGAUUAUUUGGGGAUAGUGAACGCCGAUCACAGGGCUAAGAUUUUGACGGCAGUACAGUUGCUGCAUGAGUUGGAUUCGGGUAGUGAGGGCGACAUUGCAGGCUCGAGCAGCGAGAACGACGACCAGCGGCAACACCGCACCAAUUUCGGCAGACGUCACUUCCCGCGCGAUUCUGGUUGCUACGACGGCCACAAGAGGUCGCACAUGUCGCCCCAAUCCGACACCAGCGACCAAGCGGACAAGAACAACCUUGAUUCGGUGGUGGAGCAGUGUAACAACGAAAUAUUAGCUAGG